GCCGCCAGCCCGGGAGAGCAGCAAAGGCGCUGAGAGCUUCGAACUCCGCGUGCAGGGGGAGCCCAGGCAAAGCUGCCACACAACCGCACUGCCCAGCAGCGACUGGACUGAGAGGGGGCGGCGCAAGGAGAAGCGGCUCAAAGACCGUUUAAAAAGAAACCUAAAGAAGAACAACAGCCCCCUGCCCACCAACAAGCCAGCCCGCCCCUCCCCAGUGGAGAGCAGCUUUGGGCCAGCAGCGGCACCAGCAUCAUGUCUGUGUGGCUCAGCUUCCUCCUCGUGCUCCUCUGCAGCUGGAGCCUGAGCGACUUGGUGGCGGAGGCUUGUACCUGCCUCCCCAUCCACCCCCAGGAUGCUUUCUGCAACUCUGACAUCGUCAUUCGAGCCAAAGUGGUGGGGAAGAAGCUCAUGAAAGAUGGACCUUUUGGAACGAUGCGAUACACCGUCAAGCAGAUGAAGAUGUACAGGGGCUUUGACAAGAUGCCACAAGUUCAAUAUAUCUACACAGAAGCCUCAGAGAGUCUUUGUGGGGUCAAGCUAGAGGUCAAUAAGUACCAGUAUCUGAUUACAGGCCGUGUGUAUGAAGGAAAGGUUUAUACUGGCCUGUGUAACUUGUAUGAGAAAUGGGACCGACUGACUCUAUCCCAGCGCAAAGGACUAAAUCAUCGUUACCACCUCGGUUGUGGCUGCAAGAUUAAGCCCUGCUACUACCUGCCCUGCUUCGUGACCUCCAAGAACGAGUGUCUUUGGACAGACAUGCUCUCCAAUAUCGGCCAUUCAGGGUCCCAAGCAAAGCACUAUGCCUGCAUCCGACAGAAGGAAGGAUACUGCAGCUGGUACAGAGGAUGGGCGCCUCCUGAUAAAACUAUCAUCAAUGCCACAGAUCCCUGAGCACAGUCCCUUCUCCAUUUCCUUUCCUCCCUCCCUUGUGGCUGAGCUUCUCUUGGACAAUAACUCCUACCAGAUCAUGAUGAUGACAAUGAAAUUAGUGCCUGUUUUUCUUGCAAAUUUUAGCACUUCGAACACUUAAAAAAAAGAAAAAGUCUAUGCUGUCAUACUGAAUUUGUUUUUAAUCACCUUUUUCGAUUCUGAGAUCACCCAUUUCAGUCAGAUUAUAUUUGUCUGGGAACGUUCGUUUGCACACCGGAAAAAAAAUUAUGGAGCCCUUGCUCUCUCUAUGUAUCAUUAUCUAUAGCAAUAUAAUCUAUAUUUUUUUAGGAAAACAAAAAUAUAAAAACUAUCCCAGUUGGGCACUA